AUGUCCGGAUUCGUUUUAGAAGAGCCUUUUCCACUUGCUCGCUUCCACAAUACUAUUGCUGAAAGUGAUAGUAAGCAUUUUAUCAUUGGACUUAACUCUUUAGAAGCAAUUGUAAACAACGAUUCCGCUGAACGCUUAGACGAAGCUGAUUUUGCCGCAGUCACCCUUCAGGGUGAAGGCUUUAAGAUUUACAAUACUAUUGAUCAAAAAUGUAUUAAAUCGUGGACAGCACCUCCAGGAGUUGCAUUUGCUAGACCAGCUACACAUAUUGACGGCGGUAGAGAUUCCGAAUCAGUUGAUUAUACUUAUGCCAUUGUUGCUUCUGGACCUGAUGUUACUGCAGAUGAAGAGCGUAAAACAGUUUGGUUAUGGAAGAAUACAAAGACUGGAGAUAAUGAAGAAACUGAUAAAACUGUCAAAAAGUUUGAUGAAUGUAUUAGUGCUAUUCACGUAUCGUCUGCAUUACCAUCUCAUGUCAUUAUAAUUAGUGAAAAUGGAACAAUCGAUUUAGCUACAAAAGAUUUAGAUCGUUUUACAGCAAAACAAAAAGCACAAAAAAAGUGUAAUGUGAUUUGGUCAACUGUAUUUGUUACUUCAAACGCACACACACGUCCUUGCUGUGUUGCUUCAUCUAUGGUUCCUUCCAUGUCAACAAUCAUUGUUACUAUUAAUAAUGUCAAAGAUUCCAAUAUAUACAGUUUCAAAAUGGAUUAUGUUAAUGUUGAGCGCAGAAGCAUUGAUCCCAUUACAAGCAUAGAUAUUAAAUUAACAGAAAAGCCUGUUGACUUUACCUUUGAUUCUACAAACGGCCGAUUAACUAUUUUGAGUCAUGUUGGUACUUGGACUAUAUGGAAUAUGCAGUUGAGACAUAGCUCUUCAAAAAAGAUUUCUGGCACGAUGACUGAACAUUUAUCAAUCAAAUUAAACGGUUAUCGUUUUCAAGAUGAUGUUUUAGGUAAUAUUGCUGCAAUUACACAAUUGAACGAUAAUUAUGUUGCAAUGGUAGUACCUCGUACAGUUAAGAAAACAAAUGAAGUGGAGCACGUUAUUAGUGUUUGGGAUGUGAAAUAUGGUACUCUUCAAGCUGAACAAUUGAUUAAAAUGAACGAGAAAAAUGUAUUUAGCAAGAAUGCCUGUAUAUAUAAGAUUGCUGUCUUACCAAAUUCUCAUCUUGCCGUUACCAUAUCCUCUAUCACUCCUAAAACUGAUACUAAAAAAAUUAAAUCCUCAAAGAAGAUGGUGGACACAAACUCAGUAAUUAUGCUUUGUCCAUAUUAUAAUGAGCCUGUUUCUUUGAUAGCAGCCAUGGGCAAAAUGAAGCAAACUAUUGAAUUUAUGGGUAUUAAUAAUUCAAUUGACUCAAAACAAAGUAUUGGAUAUUCUCAUAGUGGAAUCGAAACUGUCUGUCAGCCUGUUAAGUUUUGCAUAAAUGAUGAUUCUGAACAAGUAUACCAAAAAUGGGUUUCUCGUUUGAAGAAAUAUCAAAAGAAAAGUACAAACGCCUUAGCAAAACUAAUGAUGGAAGAUAUUACUCAAGAAGAAUUUACAGACACAUUUUUCAAGCAUAUCCAUGUUACUUUCAAUACCUCUAAUAACGAUGAUGUUUUUAUGGAAGAUAGUUCUUUAGAUCCAAUGACUGCUAAAACCAAUGAGUAUCGUCAUGCUAUGGAAACAAAAUACGUCGAUUCAGAAAAACGUAACACACAGCUUUCACAAUUCUUUAUUUCGAACGUAAUUUCCAGAUGCUUUCAAACGAAUAAUACUCAAUUUUGGCCUAUGGAUGUGAUUCUUUAUUUGAUGUCAAGAUCAAUGCUUCGUAGUAGUUAUGCAGAUAAAGGCAUCAUGAGGUUAUUAGUAGAAAGAAAGGAAUGGGCACUUAUUCCUCUAGUGCUAGAAAAGGUGCACGAUAUCCCUGAAAAUGACUUGGUAACACUUAUUAAAGCAUUAAUUUCUUUGUAUAAAAAUGAAAGUGAAUGGAAGAACCGUUUCAGUACAUAUUUAAAGAUGAUUGUAGAUGCGCCAAAAAAUGACAUCUUUUUACAACAAGCACUGAAACGUAUUGAUUCAUCUGAAUUACCAAUUAUACUUGAAACAGUCAUUAGUUGGUUAAAGGACAGAUCAUCCAACUUGAAUAAACGUAGUAAUAUUGUUGAUUUCGCUAAUAACAUUUUAGACAUUCAUUUCACCACACUUAUUUUGGAACCAGCACUUAAAGAACUUGUUGUUACAUUACGUGAACUUGUUGAUAAUGAAAUAGAGGUUAUCGAUGAUCUUGAGCAAUUAAAAAAUAUUUUAGGAGCAUAUGAUCGUAAGAAUAAGCAUGCAACUGUCAAACGUAAUGAGAAAUAUUCAAAGGAAUCAAAUAAUGCCGAUGUACCUAUUGAUGAACUAACUAAAUUCCGUCAAAGGAGCAAGGGUAAAUUUGGUGGUGAGCAAGGUGUACCAGUGUAUAGAGUUGAAGUCAUGGCUUUUCCCGAGUUACAGGCUUCAUCUAAAAAUUAA